AUGACAUCCGUCCUGGGCAGCGGCAGGGCGUCGGGAGGGCCGAGCGGGCAGCUGAGAUGCAAGUCCAAGAGAAGGAGGAGGAGGAGAUCAAAGAGGAAAGAAAAACUAAGCAUACUGUCAACCUUCAUAGCACCCUUCAAGUACCUGAGUCCUGGCCCUACCACCAUGGAGGAUGAAGACAAUUUAAGUACCAGCAGUGCAGAAGUAAAGGAAAAUCGAAACAUUGGCAACCUGGAGGAUCAUCCAAUAGCAUCUACUGAUAGGGCAAGAGGGGGAACAACUAGCAGUAAGAGGAAAAGACCCUUAGAGGAAGGCAAUAAUGGCCAUUUCUGCAAAUUUCAGCUUAUCUGGAAGAAAGUUUCAUGGUCAGUGACACCAAAGAAUGCUCUGGUUCAGCUACACGAACUCAAACCAGGAUUACAAUAUAAAAUGGUUUCCCAGACAGGUCCAGUGCAUGCUCCAGUCUUUGCUGUUGCUGUGGAAGUAAAUGGACUUACAUUUGAAGGAACAGGUCCCACAAAAAAGAAAGCCAAGAUGCGCGCCGCAGAGCUAGCUCUGAAGUCAUUCGUUCAGUUCCCCAACGCCUGCCAAGCCCACUUCGCCAUGGGAAACUGCAUCAGCCCAUCCACGGACUUCACUUCCGACCAGGCAGACUUCCCAGACACUCUGUUCAAGGAGUUCGAGCCAUCCACACACAGCGAGGACUUCUCGGUCUACAGCCCCGUCAAUAACGAGCUGCUUUCCACCGCCUACCGGCACGGGCGCUUGCUCUGCCACACGCUGGACCUGAUGGGCCACGCCAAGCCCGGCAAGCCCAGGAUGGCCAAGGCGGAGAGCGAGAAGAACCCGGUGGUGCUGCUCAACGAGCUGCGCUCCGGCCUGCGCUACGUCUGCCUCUCGGAGACGGUGGAGAAGCAGCACAUCAAGAGCUUUGUGAUGGCCGUGCGAGUGGACGGGAGAACAUUCGAAGGCUCAGGACGUAGCAAGAAGCUGGCCAAGGGUCAAGCAGCGCAGGCGGCCUUGCAGGCCCUCUUUAACAUUCGUCUGCCCAGCCACAUUCCCACCAGGAGUAAAUGUCACCAUUUGCCACAGGAUUUUGCUGACUCCGUAUACCAAAUGGUUGCACAGAAGUUCCAGGAACUGACUGACAAUUUCACUUCCAUCCAUGCACGCCACAAAACCCUUGCAGGCAUUGUGAUGACCAAAGGUUUGGACAUCAGGCAAGCUCAGGUUAUUGUGUUGUCAUCGGGUACCAAAUGUAUAAAUGGGGAAUACAUAAAUGACCAAGGGCUCGCGGUCAACGACUGCCAUGCAGAAAUUGUGGCAAGAAGGGCAUUUGUUCACUUCCUCUACUCACAGCUGGAGCUACACGUAAGCAAACGGCGAGAAGACUGGGAGCGAUCAAUCUUCGUGCGAUUAAAAGAAGGAGGCUACAGGCUGCGGGAGAACAUCCUGUUCCAUCUGUACGUGAGCACUUCACCCUGCGGAGACGCGCGCCUCAACUCCCCCUACGAAAUCACAACCGACUUGAACAGCAGCAAGCACAUAGUGAGGAAGUACCGUGGGCACCUGCGGACAAAGAUCGAGUCUGGAGAAGGAACCAUUCCUGUCCGGUGUCACAACGCAGCACAGACGUGGGACGGCGUCCUGCUGGGAGAGCAGCUCAUCACCAUGUCCUGCACAGACAAAAUUGCCAGGUGGAACAUCCUUGGUCUCCAAGGUGCUCUCCUCAGCUCUUUCAUUGAACCCAUGUACUUGCACAGCAUCAUUGUGGGAAGCCUCUGCCACACUGGCCACCUUUCCCGGGUAAUGAGCCAUAGGAUAGAAGACAUUGGUCUGCUGCCAGCUUCGUACCGGCGCAAUCAGCUGCUGCUCAGUGGGGUGAGCCACGCUGGCGCUCGGCAGCCCGGGAAGUCUCCUGGCUUCAGCGUGAACUGGAUCGUGGGGAGCAGCGAGCUGGAGGUGAUCAACGCCACCACGGGGAAGAGGAGCUGCGGGAGCCCCUCGCGCCUCUGCAAAUACAUGUUCUUCACUCGAUGGGCAAAGCUGCAUGGCAAGCUGAGCACACGGGUACCAAGCCAUGGAGAGAUGCCAUCAGUGUACAGCGAGGCAAAGCUGGUGGCUCAGACAUACCAGUCUGUUAAGCAGCAGCUGUUUAAAGCAUUUCAGAAAGCUGGCCUGGGCACCUGGGUGAAGAAACCCCCAGAGCAAGAUCAGUUCCUACUAACUGUGUGA